GAGAGCGCGAUGGUUAAAGAAAGGGAUUUCUUCCGCGUACACCAGAUGCGGCGGAAAUACGUAAGCAAACAGGAAGUUCUUGGUGCGUAUUUUCCGCGGGCCUUUGACGAAAACAGAGAUGCAACAGUGUACAGAAAUGGCGGGGAUGAACCCAAUGGAGAAGAAGUUGGCAGAAUAUAAGUGUGACACCAACGAAGCAAUCAGCUUAAAACUAGUCCGUUUCGCAGAUGAUUUGGAGGAUGAAAGCACGACAUUCCAUCCAGAGUACAGCCACCAGCUUUAUGGUGAUGAUGAGGUGGCUUUUGGAUACAAAGGCCUUCAGAUUCAGCUGUACUACAGUGCUGGAAACCUGAGCACCCUCUUCAAAGUGAAAUACUCAGCCAGAGUCACAGAAAAGUUUGAUUGUGUGGAGCCUGAUGAUGUUGAAGGGAAGAUCCGGGAGAUCAUCCCCGCUGGGUUCAGCUGCAACACGGACGACUUCACCUCAUUGUUGGAGAAGGAGACCAACUUCAAACCCUUCGGCACCCUGCUUCACACAUACAACGUCCACAAUGUGGAGGAGGGAGAAGACUUUACCUACCAGAUUCACAAGGUGGACUUGUCGUGCCCUGGAUUCCGAGAGUACCACAAGCGCCUGCAAACCUUCCUCAUGUGGUUCAUUGAGACGGCCAGCUUCAUCGACGUGGACGACGAUCGUUGGGACUUCUUUCUCGUAUUUGAGAAGUACAAUAAGGAUGGGGAGACGCUCUUCGCAACUGUUGGCUACAUGACAGUUUAUAAUUACUAUGUGUAUCCAGACAAAACCCGACCACGUGUGAGCCAAAUGCUGAUCCUGCCGCCGUUCCAAGGAGAGGGUCAUGGAGCCCAGCUGCUGGAGGCAGUGCACAUGUUCUACUGCAAUCUGCACAAAGUACAGGACAUUACAGCUGAAGACCCCUCAGAGAACUAUGUGAAGCUGAGAGACUACGUUCUGGUCAAGCUUUGCCAAACACUGCCAUCAUUCUCCACAGACAAGCUUCCUUUGGGCUUCAGUGACGACAUGUCCACAGAGGCCAGGGAGAAAUUUAAGAUCAACAAGAAACACGCACGACGAGUGUACGAAAUCCUGCGUCUGAGGGUGACGGACAUGAGCGAUGAGACGAAAGCAAGGGAUUACCGUCUGGAGGUCAAAAAGAGGCUAUUUGCCCCUACCAAGAAGAACCAGCGGGAGAUGACCAAGAUGAUGAAGUGUCUGCGGCCAGAGGAGCUGGCGUCCCACAUCAGUCAGAUGGACACGGCGCUUCAGCAGGAGGAGCUGGAGAAGAGCUACCAGGAACUACUGGCCGAGUACAGGAGAGUCAUCGAGAGGCUAGCACAGGCCUGAUCCAGGGGGCCUAAUGUCAGCCCUGCCUACCCACUGUAACACAACCCCCCCCCACCCUGGCCCCUUCUCCUACCCUUCCUCCUUUCCACUGGUGGUCCUAGAUGUACAGUAGUGGUGGAGCUGUGCGGUGCAGCUGGUUGGCUGCCUGGGGAAGGCCCACUCUGUGUCCCUUGUGUGUAAUCACGCUGUGUGAGCUUUAGUGAUUUGGCAAUCAUUCACAGGUGAUAGGAACACCAUCCGUACGGUCUGGCUGGGCAGAACAUGCCUCCUUUUCAUAUAGAGAAUAAGGGAGAAAGGUUUUUUUUUUUUUUCAAUAUCUGUCUAGCUUUUUCCUGAAGACAUGUUGGUUUUGAAGCACUUCAUACUGAAAUAAAUGUUUUUUUUGUACAUUGA